AUGGCUUCUGGAUUCUUGUUGAGUGGUGCGAAAUGGAAACUUGCGGCGCUUUUGGUGCAACUAUCAUUAGUGCAGCAGCAAGUCUGGUGCUUCACCAGCGUUUGUCACCAUUCCAUCAAACUAGGCUGCAAACAUGGCGUGAGUUCUCCCCUUGGCAUUCAACCCGAGAAAAGGUCAGGGCAGAACCUCAGGCUUGCCAAGCUUCGGAUGGUUGGUGACUCUGGUAGCGACAUUUGGGUACGACCAUCUCCUCGAGGUCGAAAGGACAUUGUCUUCGGAGCAAAGGUUGUUUCCAACAUCGCUGUAUCUCCCAAGCACGACGAAGGAUGCAGCCUUGGCAACUAUAUGAAAUUGCCUGUCGAUCAGUACGUUCUGAUUCCGCUUCCCAACAAAGCUCGCUUAGAGAAGAAGGACGAGCAUCAUUUUGCCUUGAGGGUUCCCGAGCUGCAGAUUUUCAAUGUCUGGCUUCGUCCAUAUGUUGUUGCCACAGUAGAUAUCACUGAAGAAGGAGUCACUAUCUCUGCAAAAGAGUGCAAGCUUGAAGGCAGUCCAGAGGUGCAACGGCUUGACCUCAACUCGAAGUUUGAUUUUGAGAUCAAAGUUCUGCUGCAAGCGCGAGAGGAUGUGCGAGGCUUGCGGAGCAUGAUCGUUGCAAGGUCGGAGGUUUAUGUCUGGGUGGAUCCACCUCAGAUCUUUCGGGUCAUGUUUCCAAAACCUCUCAUGUUGGAGACUGGCAACUCAGUGCUGAAAACAACGUUGAACUUGUUGCAAACGACUUUCUUGAAGGGUCUCGCCCAGGACUACAACCGCUGGGCACAAGAUCAAGCUUAUCGAGAUCAGAGAAGAACAGGAUCCUCCAAGAUCGUUCAUCGAGCCGACUCACGUGACAACACCCGACACCCACAACAGAAGCUGCAGGAUGAACAAUCCCCAAACUCGUCACAAAGUCUAAGCUCUUCCCCAAAAUAA